AUGCUGAACACCGUGUUGGCUCUGAGCGGCUGCAGCUCUGGGAGCUACUGUGCCUACGUGGUGCAGCGCAACGUGACGUGCACGCUGCAGGACGGCGCCGAGAGCUACGUCAAGGCCGAGUACCACAAGUGCAGCUGGGGACCCAAGUGCCCCGGCAAAGUGCUGUACCGCACCUUCUUCAGACCCAAAUACAAGAUUGGCUACAAGACAGUGACGGAACUGGCUUGGAGGUGCUGUCCAGGCUUCAUGGGAGAAGGGUGCCAUGACAGCCCAACUGACCAACCUGGCCUCCUGCCCCAGCAUCCCAGCCCUAGAAUGCCUCCUGGGCAAAACAUGUUUCCAAUUCCUCGAGUUCCUCCCCCUCCAAAAAGCCACCCUGACCUGUUUGCGGGACCAAAGAAGAACCCAUAUGGCAGGAAGCUCCCUGGCCUUUUUGGAGACCGCCUGGAUCGACUGGAAGAGGAGGUGAGGCGCCUCUCGCAGGCCUAUGACAGCCUGCACACCCUGGUCAGCGGCCUGGCAGAUAAGGCCGACAUUGCCACAUAUCCUCCUGUGGGGGAGAUCCUGACCAAAGUGACAGAGGUGAGCGACGUGUUGAAAACCAAGGCAGACUUGCUGCACGAGGUUCGUGGCAUGGUCCUGGACCACGAUGGGCAGAUCAAACACCUGCUGGAGUCAGCCCGACCCUCGCCACUCACCUCCAUUGACAUGCUGGAGGAAUAUGUGGACACCCGGCUGAGCAACCUGCGUGGAGAGCUGCUCGAUGGCUUUGAGAAGAAGCUGGGGAAGAUCCAGACCACGUGCGACUUCCGGAUCCAAGAGGUGCGGCAGCAAUGCGAGGAGGAGAAAGCUGCCAACUUGCGGCUGCAGCAGACACUGGAUGGGAAGGAGUUAGAGAUCAAGAAAGAGAUCUCCCAGCUGGAGACCCAGAUCCAAGGGCUGACAGUGGUGGAAAGCUGCUGCAGCAACCUGGACUACCUCACUGAUCGCAUGAACAUCGUAGAGAAAGGCCUGCACAGCAUCUCCGAGUCCCAGAAGAACUUACACUCACGUAUGGAUGGAGAAGUCUCCACUGUCACCCUCGAGAACCUCUUUGAAGGGCGCUUUGAGGAUCUGGAAGCCAGACUCAAUGCUACAGAGAGGGAAACAGGGAGCUGCUGCUCCAGUGUAGAGGACAGCAUGAGAGGCACAGUGGUAGCAGAGGUGGAUGGCAUGAGGACUGCCUUUGAAGACAAAAUGCAGACCUUGGAGGACAGGUUCAUGACCAUUGUGGGGGAGCUGAACAACAUCAGUGCUCCUGUGGGCAUGGAUGGAGCAGUGGUGCCUAUGCUGGAGGGGGAGCUCGCUAGCAUGAGGAAGCAUACGGACGAGAGACUGGAGGUGUUACAGAAUCGCCUCAUCACGCUGGAGAGCACUUGUUCCCUAGACUGCACCUCUGCCUCCAAAGAUGUGGAGACCUUCCGGACAGAGAUCGAGGACUGCCAGAACAAGAACCACGACCUGCUCCUCCGAAUGGACAGCAAUUAUGACCUCCUGAGCAAGCUGAAUGCCACCAUCCUGGAGAUCCAGCGGCGAAUUGAGGAAGAAGCAUCGGGAGCUUUGCAAGGGGAGAUCACCUUGCUAAAGAUCAACCUGAACACCAUGAGCAAGUCCCUGACAGGGCUCAAGGACUCUGUCUCCCAGUACUCAGACACUAUGGCACACGUCAACUCCUCACUGGAUGAGCAUGAGCGGAAAAUUGAGGAUGAGGUCCACUCCAUUCAGGAGAAAGUCAGCGACCAAGGCUCUCAGCUCUUCUUCAGCAACCGGCGUGUCUUGAACCUCAAGGGAGACUUGGAGCGACUCAAAGCCAGGAUUGUCAGUGACCUGAGCUCCUGCAAAAGCGUGGCCCAUGACCUCCAGCGGGAGAUCACUCACUUCGAUGAGCGGGUGGCGCGGGUGGAGAACCUGUGUGGCAGGCUGGGUGCCGUCACAGGAAGCCUGGACAUCAUCAGGGACGAACUGGAGAAACACACAGGCAGCCUGUGGGACUACAUGGACCGUAUGAACGGGACCCUGGCUGCCCACUCUCAGGAAAUAACAGGACUGAAGGACAACCUGCUUGACUGCCAAGCCAAAGUGUCCGAGUUGGCAGAGCAGGUCAGCCACUUGGAAGAGCAGGCAGACACGAAGCAGCAUUAG